AUGGUUAACAAAGACUCUUUGGCUUCAAUAGCUCAUAAGGCUUGUACCAUAGUCUUUGCCCUGUUAUUAUUUCUUGGUCUGUCUUGGGCAUAUGUUGCUGGAUUUCAGCUCCUAGAUGGACAAAAAGUAAUUUUGCUUGGUAUUUACGGAUCCCUGAUCAUUGGACAUUUCUUCUUUCAAACAAUCUUUGCUCAGUUUGAGUGUUACAAGAUGCAAAAUGACAUUCUACAAUGUUGCAGCACUAAGUCAGUGGCCAUAACCAUAUCUGCUUAUCAGGAAGAUCCUUCAUACCUGACACAGUGCCUCAAUUCUGUAAAGAGCAUUGAGUACCCAAUCCAGAAACUCAGAAUUAUCAUGGUCAUUGAUGGGAACUCAAAAGAAGAUCAAUACAUGAUGGACAUAUUCAAGGAGAUUUUCUACAAGGAAGAUAUUGGGACAUAUGUAUGGGAGGGCAACUAUCAUUCUAGAAAUUUUAAUAGAAUUAUAUGGAAUAAAGAAGAAGAUAACAGCAAAAAGUCACAAAGAGAUCCUGUCAAUCUGUUUUAUGGGGAAGCAAGUAUCGGAAAUCCAGAGAGACUGGAGGUGGAAUCAUUAAUCCGCACUAAGCGUUGCGUUUGCAUCAUGCAAAAAAGGGGAGGAAAGAGAGAAGUACUGUACACAGCCUUCAAAGCGAUUGGUGACUCAGUGGAUUACAUUCAGGUCUGUGAUUCUGACACAAAACUUGACUCGCAAGCAACUGGAGAACUGGUUAAAGUCUUAGAUUCAAAUGGAAGCUGUGGAGCAGUCGGAGGUGAAGUGAGAAUUCUCAAUGUCACUGACUCAUUCAUAAGCUUCAUUAGCAGCCUGCAUUACUGGACCGUGUUCAAUUUGGAACGAGCCUGCCAGUCUUAUUUUAACUGUGUCUCCUGCAUCAGUGGACCUUUAGGGAUGUACAGGAAUAAUUUGAUCCAGCAAUUACUGGAGCCUUGGUACAAUCAGAGAUUCCUUGGAACCCGGUGCACUUUUGGCGAUGAUCGUCAUUUAACUAACAGGGUACUCAGUCUGGGCUAUUCCACCAAAUAUACGCCUAAGGCUUGGUGCCACACAGAGACUCCAGCUCAAUAUCUGCGCUGGCUCAAUCAACAAAUACGUUGGACCAAGUCAUCUGUCAUAGACUGGUUCUACAGUUCUCUCUUCUGGUACAAGCACAGUCUGUGGAUGACAUAUGAGGCAAUGAUUGUGGGGAUCUUGCCAUUCUACAUUUCUAUGACCAUCAUUAAGCUAUUCUACUAUGGGUGUCUCUGGGACAUUCUAUGGAUGCUGCUUUGCUUCCAUGGCCUUGCACUCAUUAAAGCAAUCAAUGCCUCUUGUUUAAAGGGAAGUCUAGUGAUGAUCUACUUAUCUCUGUUUCCAACCUUCUACCUGGGUGGGUUACUGCCAAUCAAAUGCUUUUCUCUUCUUACCAUUACCAAGACCAGCUGGGGAACAUCUGGACGCAAAGAGAGAGUCAAGAACUACAUCCCAUUGUUUCCAGUCUUGGUUUGGGCCAUUAUUCUUUUUGUGGGUUUGAUUGAGACAAUCUUCACAGAGAAUGAAGGUGCAUGGGGGCAUUAUAUGCAGUCAUCAGAAAAAGAUUAUGUUCUCUACAGUUCACUAACGUUAUUUCUAUUUUAUACAGGUCUGAUCACAAUUUACCAUCUGUGGUCAUGGCAUCGAUAUAGAAGGAACACUGCAAUGUAUCGUGUUGAAGUGUAG